AUGAAUUCUUUUAUGUCGCAUUCUGACGGGGACGAAUUCAGCCUUCACACAGCUCCGGUUGGUGAUGAACUGGGGACUGGUGAGGAAUUGCCUGACCUAGUGCAAGAUCAUAGACCACGGCUGUUAAUUAUGGGUUUGAGAAGGAAAGUUUGUUUUUGUCACUUUUUGGUGGUUGGUCUCAUAUUUCUAAUUCUCUCGGCCGUUUCUUCAACAGGAGUGGGAAAUCAAGCAUACAGAAAGUCAUUCAUUGACUUUCAAGUGUGGGAUUUUCCGGGUCAGAUAGAUUACUUUGAUCCAGCUUUCGAUUCGAAUGUCAUCUUCGGGGAAUACGGUGCGUUGAUUUUUGUGAUAGAUGCACAAGAUGAUUACAUUGAAGCCCUCCAACGCCUACACCAAACUGUGACGCGUGCAUGUCGUGUCAACCCAGAGCUCACCUUCGAAGUAUUCAUUCACAAAGUUGAUGCUUUAUCGGACGAAUACAAACUUGACACGCAACGCGAUAUACAACAACGAACCACUGAUGAAUUGGCAGACGAGGGACUUGAAAACGCGCCGAUCAGUUUCUACCUGACGAGCAUUUAUGAUCAUUCGAUCUUUGAAGCUUUUAGCAAAGUUAUUCAGAAGCUUAUACCUCAGAUGCCGACGUUAGAAAAUUUGUUGAACAUCUUGUGCUCGAAUUCCGGCAUAGAAAAAGCUUUCUUAUUUGAUGUCAAUUCAAAGAUCUACAUUGCAACUGAUAGUUCACCAGUAGACAUCCAAUCGUAUGAAAUAUGUAGCGACAUGAUUGAUGUUAUUAUCGAUAUCUCGGAAAUAUAUGGUCGAACAAACACAUAUCGGUUUUUGACCAACGAUGCCUACUCGGAUGAUAAAGCAUCGUCAAUUAAUACCGCUCACAAUGCCGCGACCAUAACAAACGGAGAAAGUUCCUCCAACUAUGGAACAAUAACGGAAACAGCCGAUGAGGCGGCGUCCGUGAUAAAAUUGAACAAUGGAAUGGUGUUGUGUCUGAGAGGGGUAAACAGAUUUUUGGCUCUUGUAUGUCUACUUCGGGCAGACCACUACGAAAAACACGGGUUGAUCGAAUACAAUUUCCAUUGCUUUAAGCAAGCAAUAGCAGAGGUGUUUGAACUGAAGCGGCGUAAUUUUGAACGAUAUCGACAGGAGCGGCUUCGAAUAACAGGAGGUGGUAAUCCGGGAGAAGAUAAUACAGGUGGAUGA